AGUUUUCAGGAGAUAUUUUUAAAAAAGUUUCCCCGCCUCCCGCCAAUCUGCCAUUAACGUUUUUCUUUAAAUUAGAGAGAGCGAGAGAGAGAGAGAGGAGGAGGAGAGAGAAAAUGGAUGAUGUGAAGAAAUGGACGGUAACGUACACGAAACAUGUGAAGCAGAAGAGAAAGGUUUAUCAAGAUGGCAGUCUUCAUCUCCUUUCUAACAAUAAGGUGAUGCUGUAUGAUGAGAGUGAGCAGCUGUUAGACAGUAAGUUCUUGACAAAAGAUGAAGCAGUGAAACCUGGUGAAUCAUUAACAUUUGCUUCAUUUCUUGUCGAUAUUGGUGAUUUUGAUAACAACUGUAAUCCAACCUCCAAUGCGAAUCCCAAGCCUCGUGACAAAACUCAAAUGCCACAAAGAGAGAAAUCAAGACAUACUUUCUCUAGUAUGAAGCCUAAUACAGCAGGAAGAAAGACUUCCCUGGUCUCUGUUAGUCCGUCUCAGAAGAUUAUCAGAGAGUUCAAGAAAAAUGAAGAGCUCAAGUAUGGUGCACACAGUCCGAAAAGUCCAGGAACCUCAUCCUUUAAAGAGUGGGAGGCAUUGUAUACAACACAACUUACACAAAAGGCCAAGAAGUAUCAUGAUGGCUUCAUACGCAUGAUCUAUUGCGGCUCCCAGGGGAGGCAGAUUAUGCUGUAUGACUCCAGCAAAAAUCAAAUAGCUAAGAGGUUCAUGAAGAAAGAUGAAGUUAUCGAUACUGGUGGAUCAUUGACAUUUGAUUCUCAUUUGGUUGAUAUCGGAGAUCCUAUGGGAACCAACGGAGAUGAUGCAGAUGUGAAGAUACAAGAAAGAAACAGUAAUGCUACUGAAAAAUCAGAGAUACUUACUGGUCGCCUAUGUCAAAAGUCGUUUAGUGAUGCAAAAAGAAGCAAAAAAUCUACACUGCUGGAUCAUGUUGGUUCUGGCAAUUCCGGUGUGAUAGGAAAACGCCGAGAUGAUGCUUGUUCCACCAAACGUGUUAACUCUGAUUCAGGAAGCUUUGGAUUUGAUAAGAUCAACCAAAAGAAGAAUUUUGCUUCAUCUUCCUCUUUACGUGAUGCCAAUCAAAUCUUAUCAAUUUUGAGGAAACCUAUUACUCAAGACACCAUUUCCGCUGUUGAAGAAGCUCCUAUGCAGCAAUGCCCUCCCACCUCUUCAGAGCCGGUUCAGAUACAUGCUGAUAGUCAGGCAUUUGACAGUUCACUUCAAGUUGAUCAGUGCCCAGUAAUAAAGGCAGUGGAGAAGCAUAACAAUGAGAAGGCUGUAGAUGGAGGGCAGAGUAGUACAUUCUCCGAAGGAAAUUGUAGUUAUCUGGAAAGGCUCUGUACACAAGGGAUUGAGAUACUAAGAUCCAAUGAAUUUGAGUCUCCUCCAAAAAGCCAACCUAUAGUUGGAUCAAGUGUUGAUCAUGGAAGACCAAUUGUCAUUCAGUCUUCCAAGAGAGUAGAAUCCAUAGACAAUCGUUCAGUUGUGGACAGUGAAACUACAAUUCAUCUUCAGCCUUCUACUACAAAACUGCCAGAGACAGACCCAGAAAACAAAGAAAAAACAGCUUCCACCAAAGAUAUGUCAAAAAGGUUUGGUAGUCUGAUGAGGAUGAAGACGAAAAAAUCUGUGAAGAAUGAGAAGUUAAAUAUUAAGAUGGAGUGCCCUAGUUUUGAUCUGGGAAUUUAACGCGAGUUCAAUGAGUGAUUUAGAUGGCCAGAGAUAACUUACCAUUAGCAAUUAGCAGUUAGCAGUUUAGCACUGGUUUUUUAGCUAUUUGCUUUAAUGAUCUUUACAACUGAUCGUCAUGUGUAUAUGAAAGUCUUCGGGGAGA